UUGCUGGAAAAUGCAUCUGGCAGUUCACUCUGGAGCUUGUCAUUAGAAUGUGAGCAGAGACACAGAUACUGCAGAGGCAUUUCAAGGAUUUUUUGAUUUGCUGCAAGUAUUAUAAAUAUUUCACCUAUUUUGUGUGACUGCAAAAUGAGAUUCCAACAGCUCCUUUAUAUCUUAUUUUUUCUCUUGAUGAGUCUACUCCUUAUCAAUGGACAGAGGCCAGCUAACCUGGCCCUGCGCAGAAAGCUGCACAGACACAACUGCUCCCACAGGCGAUGUAUGCCUCUCCACUCCAGAGUGCCCUUCCCCUGAGUGGCAUCUAGAGACCCCAACCACAAUCAGGACCACAUUGUAGCUGGACAUACCUAUGAAAGAAGAAUGAAAGAGGAAACCAGUCAAGAAAAUGUGAUGUGAUAGCUGCAGCAUUCUAAUCAGUGCAGGUGUCUAUG